AUCAGGGGUGCAAAGCUUUAGCAAAUAUCCAGCUGCUUCACAUCAAAAACAUCUUUAAUAAAAAUAUUCAUAACUAUGACACUCAUUCAAUAUAUCAUUGUUCGAAGCGAUCUUAUAAAAGUUAUGAAAUGGAGUAUUGGAGCAGUCAUUACUCAAGCUUGUCAUGCAGUGGCAGCUAUUAAUGAAAUUACAAAAACCGACGAAGCAACUAAACAAUAUUUGUCUCCAGAAAACUUAAAUAAAAUGCAUAAAUGUGUUCUUAGCAUAUCUGAUCAGAUCUCCUUAGAGAAUCUUAGCAAGGCUCUUGAUGAAAAUGGAAUCAUACAUAAAUUGUGUAGAAAGCAAAAUGAUAUUGGAAAUCCAAGUAUGCUGAAUAAACUCAAUGUUUCGUUGCGAUUUCUUGUCGGAUCACCUUCUUUGCUGUUUAUAGCUGGAGCUUCGUUUUUAUCGUGUAUAAUAAUUUCAAUAUUCAUCAAUGGACUAUUAGGAUUUUUUAUUUUCAGUGGAACUAUUCUAGGAUUAUUUUACACAAUACAAGAUAAUUUCUUGUUUUAUCCUGACAUAGGCCGUCAUCGAAUAUGUGUACCAUCUCCUCAAAUAUAUGGUCUUCCAUUUGAAGUUGUUUACAUUAAAACUCGAGAUAAAUUAUCCCUCCAUUCAUAUUUCAUUCGUCAUCCCGAACCCAAAGCCGAAUCAAUACCUACAUUCGUUUAUUUCCAUGGAAAUGCUGGAAAUAUCGGUGGUCGGUUACAAAAUUGUAACGGGAUCUUCCAUAAUCUUCAAUGCAAUAUUUUAAUUGUGGAGUAUCGUGGUUAUGGCCUUUCGAAUGGAACUCCUAGUGAAAAAGGACUCUAUAUCGAUGCACGUGCUGCUGUUGACUAUUUAUUCACCAGACAUGAUCUGGACCAUUCACAAAUUAUUCUCUUUGGUAGAAGCUUAGGUGGUGCCAUUGUGAUAGACGUUGCUGCUGAUCCUAAUUAUGGGAAUAAAAUAAUGUGUUCAAUUGUUGAAAAUACUUUCACGUCAAUUCCUAACAUGGCACAUCAUUUAAUUAGGCAAACCAAAUGCAUCCCUCGCUUCUGCCAUAAAAAUAAAUUUGAUUCUAUUAAAAAGAUUCAAAAGAUAUCUAGUCCGAUCCUUUUUAUAUCAGGCUUAAGUGACUCCCUUGUGCCGUCAUCAAUGAUGACUGAUCUAUAUAACCGUUGUAAGAGUUCUCAUAAACAAUUAUUUCAACUUUCUGGUGGUCAUAUGGAUACUUGGAAUAGUACCGGAUACUACCAAGGUAUUGCACAAUUUCUGAUGAAAUGUGAAGUUCAAAAAACAACUCCAAAGCAAGUAUCACCACCCACACAGCUCUCUCUAUGGCCGGUUAUUGAAGAAGUUUGAACUGAAUGAUAAGAAGAGUUAAAACAAUGACUAAAAUAAGAGUAAGGUUUUCAUGUUGAAAUUUUUAUUAAAUAUUUGAUCAGCACAGCAAAUAACAGCAUAAUAAAUAACAAUUUUAACGAACUAAAUAAA